AAGCGUUCUUUACCAAACAAACAAAUAUUUUUAAACAAUUAGUGCUUUAAUAAUAUUAUCAAACUAUUAGUAAGUUUUACGUCGCCUACCAUGGAUUUCAAAACCAUAUGCAGAAUAUGCCUGGAAUCAUCAAAACAAACUUACGAUAUAUAUACAAGUUAUUACCUUAAAAGAAAUAUUUUAUACUGCGAGAUGUUAUCAAAUUGUACUAAGCUUAAGCCAGUUGAAGAGGAUGGACUUCCUCGCCUAAUUUGCAAAGAAUGUUGUCGUCAAUUAAAAAGAUCAUACGCAUUCAAUAUUCAAUGUACAGAAAGUGAGCAGACAUUACGACAUUAUUUAGAGCACACUGUAAUACCCAAAACAGAAGCAUGUGUGACACACACAGUGAGUGUUGAGGUGAAGAGCGAGGACUAUGGGGUGGACCAAUUGGAGCUGAUGCUGAAAGAGAACAAGGUGUUUGAUGAUGGUGUUAAGUCUGAACCUGUAAAUAUAAAUGGUACAGAUGACAGUUGCUGGGAUGCAGAUGAUGACAACAUGGCACUUGGUGAUAUCAAGCUUAAAAAAACAUUAAAAGAAUCAAAUCACAAUUCAAAUGAGAAGGAUGACAAACUAUGGGAAUCUAGAACAGACUUUGAUGAUUUAUUAUAUGAAGACCGUUCACCAAAGAAAAGUGUCAAAGUACUUGUAAAUGGACAAGCAAACGGGUUGCCGAAGAAAAGGGGAAGGAGAAAAAAAGAGUGCGCACUGGCCGAGGCUCCGCUGCCCGACAGCAAGAUGCCGUCGCAGUGCGACGUGUGCGGCAAGAUCAUCAGCACCAAGAGCAACCUCAAGGCGCACAAGAUCUGCCACACCGACAGCCGGCCCUACAAGUGCGCCGAGUGCCCCGCUUCCUUCAAAGGCCACAGCGCGUUGUUUCAGCACAAGCGGGUGCACUCGGGCGAGACGCCGUACCACUGCGAGUACUGCCCCAAGCAGUUCAGCCGCCGCGCCGGCCUCGUCAACCACAUACGAGUGCACACGGGCGAGAAGUUGUUCAGCUGCACGAUCUGCUUCAAGGACUUCGUGCAGAAGACGCAGCUGUCCAUCCACAUGAAGAGGCACAAGGGAGACAAGACCUUCCUGUGCCAGGUCUGCGGAAAAGGUUUCCCGAUAAAGUCGGACUUGCGCGUGCACCAACGCACCCACAACGGGGAAAAGCCCUACUCCUGUCACUUGUGCGAGAAGACCUUCGCAACCUCCGGGAACCUCUCCAUCCACAUCAGGAUACACAACAAGGAAGUCAGGUACAACUGCAAGGAGUGCCAGCGCGGGUUCGUGACGUGCAGCUCGUACAACGUGCACCUCAAGCGGCACAAGGGGCAGCGCGACUACCAGUGCGAGUGCGGCAAGACCUUCUACACCUCCUCGGCGCUCAAGCAGCACAAAGUGGUGCACACGGGCGUCAAGAAGUACCAGUGCACGGUGUGCGAGCGCAAGUUCUCGCAGACCAGCCACCUCAGCCGCCACUUCCGCAAGGAGCACGCCAAGCCCGGCGCGCCGCUGCCCGCCGCGCAGCACUACCGCCGCGUGCUGCCCGACGAGCAGCACUACCGCCGCGUGCUGCCCGACGAGCAGCACUACCGCCGCGUGCUGCCCGACGAGCAGCACUACCGCCGCGUGCUGCCCGACGAGCGCGCCGCCGGCGUGUUCGGCCGCGCCGCGCGCGUCAAGUGCGAGGCCGACUGACCCGCGCCCGAGGCCGACGGCUCCGCGCGUUGAACCCGGCCCGAUCCUGAAUAUGAAACCACGCGCGCGUUGCGUUUCUACCAAAUCGGUCAAGUAUAGGGAGCUGAGACACAAAAACGUACAGAAAAUUAUCAAGGUCAUGUGCCAAAAGGUACUAGCACCCCACCACACACACGUAUCAUUUAAACUCAAAUUACAGAAACAAUUAUAAGUUCAAUGUUGUCAAACUUAAAUAUUUGUAACGACCUGAAACACAUUAACCCAUAUAACUGUGUGUGUGUGUCCUUUUUCGCCACAGUAAUCUGUGACCCCAUUUUUACUUGCAUGUGAACACAGCUGAUUAUAUGGCUGUCACCGUAUUAUUAGAAUAUUAUUUUUUAAAACGUCCCAGGAAAACUAUUGGGACAAAAUUUAUAUCAUGUGUAUUUUUAAUACUUAUGUUAUACUAUGCCCCGCGGUUUUUCCCGCCGUUUAAUUUAAAUGAAAGCAGAUUAUUUAUAAAGAAGAGAAUCAAACAAAUUCAGCAGCAUGGCAUAUAGUUCCACAAAAUUAGCUGGCCCAGUGUUAGUGUCGCAGCGGUCAAUGUGAAGAUAUCCACCAACUGAUCUUCUGAUAGUUUUAUAUGGCGUCAAUUAGUUGUAGGCUACCGGGUCAGAUAAGUUUCUUGUACUGUUAUAUAAAGGUUCUAAAAUGUUAAUGCAAAUCGAGUACUGAAUUAUCAUAAAAAAUUUAUCAAAAAGCGGUGUUAUGGUUGAGACUUCGGCUUCACUUUCGGGGCGCCGAGUUCGAAUCCCAGCACGCACCUCAAACUAUUCUAAGUUAUGUGCGACUAAUGACAAUAUUACAUCAACUUCAACAGUAAAGGAAAACUUCGCUAGGAAAUCUGCAAGUCAGUGAGAGAUAGGCAUGCCUGAGUGUUCCCCAUAAUGUUCUUUAAAAGCGUGUAGAGUCCACCUCCGCGCUGGGCCUCAUAAUGAUGAUAAUGUAUUAAAAAUGUUUGGAAAUAAUUGGAAACCUUAUAAGUGUGUUUGUUUGUUUGUCCUUCCCUUAUGCCCUAACUGUACAACCAAUCAAUUUGAUUUUUGGCAAAGUUAUUCGAAAGAAAGGGGAAUAACACAGGCUACUUUUUAUCUCAAGAAAACGAACGGUUCCCAAAAACACGUAUGAAAAACCCUGGCAAUAGCUAGUAAUAAUAUAAAGAUCUACAUGUCCCUUUUUCUAUUCUUAACACAUGUUGUGGAAGUAAAAACCAAUCAAACAUAAGCGAAGAAAAAUAUGGUAAGUAUACAAAAUGUAGAGUACAGUCUAGUCUAGCCACCGGAGCAGGAAUCUCAUAGAACGCCUACUUCUGACAGAGUACCUGAGACUACAGUACGCGCCGUCUAAGAUGGCCAUUCAGCCUAUUCAAUGGGGAAUUUUGUACAGAAGACUCGGAAAGUCAACGUUUACUUAUUCGAUCCCGUGAAAGUUAACUUUGAUUUGUAAGGAAAAAAAAGCGCCAUCUGUUCAUGUUUCCAUGUAUUGUAAUAAGAUGGCGCUCUUUCGAUAUCGUGUAAAUCGAAAUUAAAUUUCACGCGAUCGAAUGGCACUUAGGUCGGUCAGAUUAAAUCGAGCUAUCUGUGCAACUUUUUAUGAAAAUGUAAUAUUGGUUAAACUGCUACCGCUUUACCCCUAGCAUUCAGAAUGGGUAACUAAAAAUCAAAAUAGAGCAUCAUGACAUAUAGGCGUGAUUGACGUCAAGCGCUGGUCUUUAUGUUUAUAAUAAAUAAUACCUUUUUAUAAAAGGAAAAUUUAAUUUAGAAUAUAUCUACCACCAGAUAAAAAAAAAAAACUGUAUCCAACAUUGCUUUUGUGAUGGCAUUAACUUUAUUUUAAGUGAUCUGAUAUAAUUUCUAUUUAUUUAAUUUAUUCUUGUUACCUUUGGAAUGCGGUAAAAUAUUGACUAUGUUAAGUGAAAUAAAUCUUUUACAUGUGUUUGCUAUACUUACAUUUCC